AUGCUUCGCAGAUUGAUCAGUACAGGCAGGGCGGUUCGAAUACCUCAACGAAAUGCUCAAACACAGCUUAAAGGAAGCGUGGACAAGGCUGUAGCAUACUACAAUGAUGUGAUUGGCAUUACUGAAGUUACACAAGCUAAAAAGGAUGUCAUUGUUGUAAGUUAUUCGGUUUAUGUUUUUUAUUUUAGGUACAAAGUAUAAAAUAGUACUUUUGAGUGGUCUUCAAGUUACGUAGAGUACUUUGACAUUUUAUUAUUGUGUUAGCGGUUAUAAAACAUUCUACAGUAAUUAUUUACAUUUUUGUAGUGGGAACAGCGUUUGAGUGAUGCUCAACUUUCCAGAAGACAGAAACAGUUUGAUUUGAGGAAGAUUCAGACGAGGUUAAAGGAAAUACACAAUGAACUAGAUCGAACACCUCGUGGACAAGAUAGAUACUUGCACUUGAUUACAGAAGAGCACGAGAAUAUAAAGAAAGAACAAUCGUUGAUGGAGGAGUUUGAAAUGUUGGAGAAUAAUGAGCGAGAAGCUUUUCAUCAGCUUUCAAAUAAGGUAACAAUUUUAUGUUUUGAUGUUUACUUUUCUCUUUGAAAGUAGAUUUUGUAUUGAUACUAUAUAAAUACAUUUUCUAGAGGUUUUAAGUUAAUAUACUUCUUAUUUCUUAAUUUCUACAUAAAAUAGAUGUUUUAGGUGCGAGUAAGUCAAGAAAAAGAACGAGAACGCGAAGAACGAACAAAGUAUUGGUCUUUAACAGCUUCGCUAAUUGGUGCUUUGCUUGGAAUUGUUGGUACAUCAAUAGGUAACGAGCUAAGAAUGAGAAAGUUCAGAGAAAUGUUACCAACCUCUUCUGAAGUUCGGCCGCUUCUGGAGGAAAUUGCUUCUAUAACCCAUAAGGAACAGACUCAGGUAAAUAACUGUAUUCUAGAGGUUGAGGAGGUUCUAAUGAAUAUAAUUUUUAUAUUUUUGAGGAAAUUUUUGAAGUUGUUUAUUUUAAUGUUAUUAUUUGCUAUUUUGAAGAUAUUGUUUUAGAUAGGUAACUUUAUAAACGAGCUAAAACGAGUAUUCGAACUACAGUCUCCAAAGCUGACUGAAGUAAAGAUAGAGAAGCCAGAUGGAAAUUUGGAAGAAUUUGUGAAGAUAAUAAAGGAUCAGGUUAGAAGUUUGCGAAUUAUCCUUUAUACGUGUAAUUUUGUUAUCUAAAAACUUUAAAUUUAUUAUAAAAUUAUCGAAUUAUUUAUCAAUUCCAAUCUAAACCAAUAUAAAUCAAUUUUUUUUUCCAGAACUCCCAGCUGAACUCUCAAUUAGUCGAACUGAAACGUCUUCUCUCCUUGAACAAGGCUUUGGACGCUGAUCCGAAUGCUGUAGUAUAUGUUGGAGAUGAGAUGGAACUGUUGCUCAAGAAGACAGAAGAGAACAUAGAAUCCAAGAUGAAGUUACAGACUCUGCUGAUAGUGGUACUAGCUUACGGUAUUGUGGGAGUAGCUGCACCCCUACUGUAUUUGUGGUACACUAGAGACUUGUAA